AUGCGUGAGAGGUAUGAAAGGGUUCAAGCAGGUCUCGCAUCAGAUGCCACUGAAGGACCUGUCAGUCAAUCGCUCACCAAUCAGGACGCUGAAGCUGCAGAUGAGCAACUGCCUGCACCCGCAGACCGAGAGGUCGAGCCGCCCAAGAAGGUACUUGAUCCUAAGACAGGAAAAGAAAUUGAUCUUCCUGAAGGGGGUCGGUACUAUGAUUCGGGGGGUACUCUUGGUAGAAAGUAUGGAGGCACCAGAGGUUCUAAGAAGCCCGAAUCCAUUCCCUCAUACCUUUGGGUCAACAUGUCCAAGAAACAGAAGGAGAAGGCCAUUGUUGAUGAGGCACGCGAACAAGCAUUGCGUGAUAUGGAGACUCCUACCGAGGGUUCAGCCGGUAGCUCCUCUGCCGCCGCCGCAGCACCUGCUGCGAGCAAGGACCACUGGGAGGUCCGACUGAACGAAUGUAAGCUAAUACGCUAUCAUUAUGUUCCCAGAAGAGAAAUGUUCUCACCGGAUAUCACAGAUUGUCCGAUUGAACUAUCGCGCAUCUCUAAGCAACGGAGUACAACUAUCAUUCCCGUAGGUGGUGUUGAUGUCAUCCAUGAGGACGAUGAUUGGAAGAACGUUAGGAAGCGGAACAAAAAGACCAGUUUCAAGUGGAUCGGCAAGACUGAGUUCAUUCUGGACAGAAUCCACAGUCCCGCUCCUGACGGAGAUGGUAAGGAUGCAUUCCCUGCCAUGCCUACUGUACCUCAUGAGCCCGAGCAUCGUGAAAAGAUUUCCAGCAACCUUCCUGUCUCAGAGGACGAGGUACGAGAGCUGUUUGCUCUUGUCGCAAGGCCUGUUGGUCGCAGAGAAAUCCUCGAGGACCCGAAGGCACAGGCUGCCCUUGAUGUUGAAUGGAACAAAUUAAUGGUUAAGAAAGCCUGGGAUAUGGGAUCUGUUCGAGAAUGGAAAGACGUCAGUGAUGAAGCCAUUAAAAAGGGGAAAAAGGUUCAUGUUGGAAAAGUUUUUGAGAUCUGCGUGGAAAAGGGAAGUGAGCUUCCCAAAGGCGACCCACAACGAAAAUUCAAGGGUCGAACUGUGUUCCAAGGGAACAACGUCAAAGAUGAGAAUAGUGAUCAGGCUCUUUUCAGUGAGCUCGGAUCCAGUCCCGCCACGAUGGAGGCUGGGAAAGCACUUGACGCCUAUGGGCAUGCACCGGGCAACGACUGUCAGCAGGCCGACGGCAAACAAGCAUACACCCAAACCACGCUCAAGGGAAAGGAAACCUGGGUCAGGCUGCCGCCUGAUCGAUGGCCUCCAGCGUGGAAGGGAAAGUACAAAGAUCCUGUCGUGCGGCUGACGCUGGCACUCUAUUGGUGCGUCACCAUGUUCAGCCCAGGCGUGCACUCUAUGCCUUGCCGGCCUCUGAAGCCAAGCUUUGUGCCGUUGGUCAACACCGACUCACGGAAGUGA